AUGGGCCGCAUCAGCACGAGUCCGCGCCGGGCCAUGGACGAGCACCUCCUCGACAUCGCGGCCCUCGAAGUUCGCUUCCGCACGAGCGUCGCAACGGGUCUCUUGUCCGGGUACCUUGCCGAGCUCCAGGCGAGCCUGUCCCACUCGCCGAACUUGCUGCCGACGGACGCGGACGCUGGCCAUGGCGCGAUCCACGAGCUCGUGGCCGUG